CAAUUUAUUUCUUAUUUCUUAAUUUAGAAUAUUUAAUAACAAUUUUUAUUAAUUAAUUGCAUUAAAAUUAUUUAAAUACAAAACCAACCGAAAAUUGACCAAGGUUUGACCAUGGGUCAACCGAAAGUUGACUUCGGUUUGACCAUGGCUAAACCGAAAACUGACUUCGGUUUGACCGAAGGCCAACCGAACGUUGACCUCGGUUUGACCGAGGGCCAACCGAACGUUGACCUCGGUUUGACCGAGGGCCAACCGAACGGCGGCUUCGGUCGUCGAAGGGAGGGCGUCGAAGGGAGGAGGGAGCUGACCUUCUCCGGCGAGUGGGGUUUGACGGCGCUGUUGGCGAAGACGGCGACUGCUGGCGCUGUUGGCAACGAUGGCGACGGCGAGUGGGGUGCGGCGCGACGAGGUGGACUGACGGCGCGCGACUCCCCUCCGACGGCGUGGGUUGCGGCGGCGGACUACGCUGCGGACUGACGCGACUCCAGCAGCGUGGGUUGCCGCGGCGGACGGCUCCGGCGAGGUGGGUUGCGGCGGCUGCUCUGCUGCCUGCGGCGGCUUCCUUUUGUCGGGGGAGAGUUGUCUGUCGGGGGAGAGGAAGUGGGGGAAGGGGUUGUUUGUUUAGGGUUUGUUUUUGAAUUUUAGAAAGGGUAAUUCAGUAAAUUACGUAUUAAGUUAGGACGACAGUUAGUAAUUCUUAGGACGACCUUUAACCCUUCAGUUAAUUUAUGUUAUGAAAGAAGGUGAGUUAGAAUGCAUUCUAUAUAUUCAUCCAUUUGCACUACUACUACUAUUACUUAUUCUUCGGCUAAAUUGCAAGUUUGGUCACUCGAAUUGCUACAAAAUUUCAUGUUGGUCACUCGAAUUGGUUUAUUCCAUUCGUAGUCACUUAAAUUAGUUGAACAAUCCAAGUUCGGUCACUCUUCGUUAACCUCCGUCAGACUCCGUUAGUGCCGUCAGUUAACUGCUGAUGUCACUAACAGAGAUGUCUAGUCACCCAAUUUUAACCCAAGAAAAAACAGAAAUUGAC